UCCAAGAAAAGUCCUCACAUUUUCUGCCAUGAAUCUGAACCCAUAAAGAUAAGAAAAAACACACACCGAAAAGCUCUACAAUGAGCUGCUCAAUUAGCUUUCAAAUCCCCAAGGCUCUGCCUUCUCUAUCUCGUCCUAUUCAAAGGGCUUCUCUCUUUAUUACUUCUAAACACAGGGACUGCAAUAUUACCAAUCACAGCAAAAAGAAAUUGGAACAUGUCAUUCAGAAUCCAUUGGAGUAUUUCCACGUAAAGAAAGCAAGUUUGGCAAUUCAUGUUGGAACAGUUUUGGCAACUGUUGAGCAGCCUGCAUUUGCUGUUACCGGGGUUAAUUAUGAGGCAGAUUUGACAUGGGUUUUGAUACAAUUAGGAAUUGUUGCUUUCUUUUACUUCCUAGUUGUGCCUCCAAUUGUCAUGAACUGGCUGCGAAUAAGAUGGUACAAGAGGAAUCUGUUGGAGAUGUAUUUUCAAUUCAUGUUUGUCUUCCUAUUCUUUCCAGGUGUAUUGCUUUGGGCACCAUUUCUGAACUUCAGGAAAUUCCCACGUGAUCCAUCCAUGAAGUAUCCUUGGUCUAAGCCAGAAGAUCCUUCACAGAUUAAAAAUGCAUUUUUGAAGUUCCCAUUUGCCAAACCUGAAGAUUAUUCAUGAAAAGCUGAAAAAUAAAUAAAUAAAUAAAUAAUACAAGGCUUCCUACUCCAAGUGCCUCCAAAGAAAUGCAAAUUUUGCCUUUCCCACAGUGGUUCUGCUGGUAUAUAUUAAGUACUAUUUUAGCAUUUAGUGCAUGUAAAUGACAAAAGAAUUCAAUCAAUUAUCACCGUAUAAUUUUUUAUUUUUUUAUUUGUAAUUAUUAUCUCGAAGCCAAAAAGGAGGGAAAAAAGAAAAAAAAAAUUAUAUACACCAUCUUUGUAUCGCGGCUGAAACUACGUGAGUGAUGAAUUUAUUACCUGUUCUAUAUUUUUAUUGAUUUUUUUAUUUUUUAUUUUGCGAAGUUAUUCUCAUUAAUUUAGAGAUCCAGACCCAAAAAAAAAAAAGAAGGGCGGAAAUAGAAAAUAACCAUUGGAAAAAAAAAAAAAAAAAGGGUUUACCUAGUUCUUAUUGAAGUUUCCAAUAACAACUGAAUCAAUAGGCUUCCAAAGUACCAAAAACCAUAUUAUAUAUAAAUAUUAUUUAUUUAAAUACCAAUUUUAUUAUAAUGGGCUAAUCCGCUUAUUUUAUGGAAGCGUUUUACAUCUCACCACAACCGAUGAAAUUUAAAAAAGGUUCUGUAGGCAGAUGUAAACACCCUCUCUCUAGGGCACAUGAGGUGUGAACAUUAAAUGUACUGCAGCUUCUCUCAUGGCGAAAUGCAUGAUUUCUACAAAUACAGCAUGCCAACCUACCAUGGCAAAACUAACUAUAUAUUUAAAUACCUAGUCAAACCAAAAGGCCCAAAAUAAUGCAAAAAGACAAAAACGAAAAAAAAAAUGUUAAUUAAUUAAACAAAAAAUAAAAUAACACCAAUUAUCAUAACAUUCCUUUUGGAUUUAAAUACUAAUCCCACAACUACAAUUGUAUCGAUCUCUUUUAUGUUUUACCGGGUAGUGUAGAUGUGAAGGUGAAUAACUUAAGGGACUUCGAAAAGAGAUCAAAAAGUACAGAAACAAUUAAAAAAUUUUAAAAAAAAGUCCUAAACGGCUCGAAACGUAAUGAAAACCUUCAAGCUGGAUUAAGCACUAAAAUUUAAGGGGGGGGGGGGGGGGGGGGGGAA